CAAAACUGUCAUCUUAUUGUUUGCUUGCUCCGAUAUCAUUUAAGAAGGUAACUCUUCUUUUUCUUUUAUUUUUUUUUAUUUUUAUCAAAUACAUACGGAAUGACAUCUUGCACUGUUUCUAACGACUAUUCUCUAUCAUCGUCUGCACCUCAUGAGAUAUUUCACGUUAAUGAUAACCUUGUAUCAUGUCAAUACAAUACGAGCUACAAAAUUCAUGUCAAGGUGGCUCCUACAAGUAGCACUAAAUCGCGUGUCGAAACUCAAAUCAAGCUCUGCUUAUCCCUUGUCCAUAGCAAUGGGAUUCAUGCGCCUUAUUGGUCUUACAUCAGAAUACCUUCAUCAUUCAUUGCAAAGCAAAAACCACACUCUCGGCAUCUAUUGUUAGAUGGUAGUACGGCUGCCAUGGUUUCAGAUGAAUCUAAAGUACUCGACUUGGAAGCCCGCGUCAUUUGUGAAAGUGAUCCAGACAAAGAAGUCUACAUGUGUGCAGGAUGCGUCAGACGAGAACGUAAACGUGCUGAACGAAGGAAGAAUACGAAGCCUACAAGCUACAGACUCAAUGCAGGUCGAGUGGAUAAAGAGUUUGAACAUGAACGUAAACGUAUCUUGCUGCUUAAUUGUGAACCACUUGUUGCAUUUCACACAUUGACAGCAGAUCUUCUUGUGCGUAUUACUUGUUAUUGUCGUCAUCAGAAUGAGCGUCUUGGAUAUCGUAUUCGGUUUUCCCUUAAAAACUAUCACGGCCAGACUGUUGCGAGUGGAGAAUCACCUCUUUUAAUGAUUACAGAUGACCACAAAAAGCCACACACCCCUGCUUCGUGUAAUAUGCCAUCCGAGAAUGCUGCUUUGCAACCAUUAGACAGCAUGAUAGUACAUCAUGCCAAUGGUCAGUUUCAUUUCCCGCCCGAAGAUUGUCAUACAAACAAUCCUACAAUAAACUAUGUUGUGCCCGAAGUAGGUCCUUUAACAGGCGGGAUUGAAGUUACCUUGUUAGGCGAAAACUUGAAUCAAGACUUGAUGGUGAUGUUUGGGAAUCAUCCGGCAAUUCUUGUGUCUUCUGAUGAAUACAGCCUGGUCUGCCUCUUGCCUCCUGCCCAAGAACAAGGUGCUUGUGCCCUUUUUUUUCGAAACAAGCCUGUUGGACACACUUACUUUACUUAUCAUGACUGGAGUCAACAAGACAUUUCUGAUCUUGCUUGCCAUAUCUAUGACCCAUUCUAUAAACCACCCUUUCUUUUACUCGAACCUGACAUUCUUUUUCUAUUAUCUCAGCAUGAUCUUAAUCUCUCUCAAACCAAUAUGGCUGGUCAGACUUUAUUACAUCUUGCAUGUCAUCUAGAGUACACUCAAUUAGUCAUAUUUCUGAUAAGAAAAGAACCCAGACUAAUUGAAUAUCAAGAUAAAAAUGGCUUAACUGCCAUUUGCUUUGGCAAGACAGCUGAUAUCAUUCAAUGUCUGAUUAAAUUAAUAUUAAAUGAAGUUUAAAUUUUUGAUAAUAACAAUAAAGUAUGUUUGUUUAAGCUAUGUGUCCUUUAAGCCUAAUCAUCAUACUGAAAUGCUUGACAAAAAUUGAAUUCAAAAGACUGUAGAUGAAUUACUCCGAUUUUUUUUUUUUUUUAUUUUU